AUGUCUUCAAUCUCCAUCCCUCAAGCUGCCGAGGAACCAGCCAAUGUUUCGCUUAUCAAUGUGGGACUCAUCGGUUGCUCUCCCAUCCAGCCCACCAUAGCCAUUUCUCUCAAGUGCCUCGAAUUGUAUCAUCAGAUUCGCCGAUGGAAACCAUCAUUUAGCGUACAGGCUAUGGUCAAGGUUCUAUGUGCACUUCAUAACGCACCUCUGCGUGAUCAAUUUGCGAUUGCGUUUGAUGUGUAUCUCGACAUUUUACGGCAUGUUCAAGAAAGAGUGAACAUAGCAUUGAAACGAGACAGUCCUGACUGGUGCAUGCUCCAUACGUGCCCUGCGUGUGAUUACAAGCAAGAGAACAAGUCGACUCUACUUCCUCGGAGGAUGGAUAGUAUUGAUGGAAACAGCUCACUCAAAUGGGUCGAUGGUUCUGGGCAUGCAGACGAGCGCAUUUUUAGAUCGUCGUAUCUGAUUCCUGCUUCCGAAGUUGACAGAUUCAAGGAUGAUGUUCAACUCCGACCAGGAACCCGGAAAGUCACAGAAAACUCUACUCCAGCUGAUGCUACAGAGUCUGUUUGCACCGAUAAUUGGAAGACAGCAAAUACGAUUACCGACAACACCAUUAAAGUUUUCGAGCAAACCAGUAUAUUCAUAAGUGCGUGUCGCCAUGGUAUGGUCCAGACCAUAGUUGAGAUGCGGCGGAGUGGGGAGCUUGCAAAAUACGCUCUUGCAACCACAAAUAAGAUUCUCGACGUUUACAGGCCAAAUGGAGCAACAGGAUACGACAUUGGUUGUUCCUAUCAGACAACUGUGAAUGCUAGCUCAAUCUCCGCUAAGGCACGCUCCCAUCAACAUCAGUUCAUCGUCAACUCAUUUCAUGGCCGUGCUCACAACCACCGAUGUCAACUUCGGUUUCACCCUCUGUACCGACGUGGUCUCGGUCUUGAGGACCUUGAGACGUGUGAGCGUGUCUUCUCGGGAUCAAACACUGUUGCUCCAGUUAUCCACCAUGCCUCUUACUUUCAUUGGCUCCAGUUCGUCGAUCUUCACUUUCGGCAAUGGGACGCUGAUAGAUAUCUCGAGCUAAGUAAAUUCUUGUACAAUAAUUAUAAACAAGCACUCGCGAUCGUCAAUGAUCUUACUCCCGCUGUCGAAGAGCUCAAGUUGGCACUGAAGAUUACAGAUGUUGACUUUGAGCACUGGAAUGCCGAAGAACUUGACUUUUUGGAGAGUAUGGCAGAAGAAUCUGAUGAAGACGUCGAAGCUAUGGCUUACGUGGAGGCAUUGGAAUCGCUAAUGAGAGCCCAGGCCGCAUAUGGUAGCAUCACAACGGUUCAAUUUUUAACGUAUAUGCCAGCGGACUUCACGCUUUCUCAUGAACGGAAUGCAGCUUAUCGCAAGCUGCUUGUCGAAAUGAAUGCUGUUGAUGAUCUUGAGCGUCGCAUGGCAAUUACGGAACGAUGGCAGCCAGAUGAUCCGAAAUACAAGGAAGCCCUAGCCUAUCUUACUAACCGACAGUUUAUUCGGGUGAUUGAGCAAUUGCAGGGCCUCGUCGUCCAAAGGCUCUUUGAGUUGGCUAAGGCCAAUAUUGCAGGUACCGGUUACAAACUUCGCCAGCACAUUUCAAGUGCUAUCAGUCGCCGGUCAGCAGCUAUUCGCACAGUGCUCGAAAGGUACAACCGACUCGCCCCUGUGCAGACACCACCGCGAGAAAUGCUAGAAUUCAGCGAUAUUGCGUCUUAUGCUUGGCUGGGUGAAUUUGACCUUUUGAAGCACUUGCGCCAUCAUUUACUCCAGAAGCCUUGGGCUUCAAAAGUAAAUCGUGAGGUUGCUAAUCAUUAUUUCAAGAUUUUGCGUGCUCGCGAAGAGAUUCAGCGACUCAACAUCGAGGUGGGACGACUUGCUGCUUGGGUUGACGAUGAAGAUGCCCACUUACAGUCCAGCUUCGAAUCAUUGCUGGAGUCAGACCCAGCACUCUCACAUGAGAUCUGCUGCGUGUACGAGGAACGCAAGCGGGUCAAUGAUGUGCAUUGUGGUAGAAUUGAUGCGAUUUACGAGCUACCUGGUUACUCGGGGUUGAGAUGGGUGGAGAAGAGGGGGAUUGAUGAAGGGGAUGCAGCUGAAAUGAUGGCAGAUCUGAGGGGAGCUAGGAGCAUUGAGGCUGACGAGGCUGACGAUCUAUCUGAUGAAGUUGACCGCUUGGAAUCUUGUAUUAUCUAG